UUUUCUCACGCACCAACUCUUCGUGUUUGCAACAAAACAUAGUCGUACGGACCAUAUACAAUGUCCAAAUGCACGACUCUCCUUAUAAUAGCUCUGCUAGUUUGCUUUGCCAGUACGGUGACUUAUGCAGCUCGUCCUAUACCAGCCUUUCGUCACAAGGAUAUGGAAUUUGAGAAUUUGAAGGUGGAUGAUAACGAGAGCUGCCAAGGAGUAAAUGAAGAGGAGUGUUUGAUGAGGAGGACACUUGUGGCUCAUACUGAUUAUAUCUAUACUCAACAUCAAAAUCCUUCAAAUUAGUUUUGC